AUGAGCACAGCAUUGAAGGCAGCCGCAAUCACGAUCGCAGCUCUGGCCGUAUUAGGCGGAAUCGCAAUUGGUAUUACGUUCGCGGUACUGUCGGCGCGGGACACUCCACCGCCACCACCAGAGCUACUACCACUGGACUGGUGGAAACAUUGUGUGCUCUACCAGAUUUACCCCAGAUCCUUCAAGGACAGUGACGGCGAUGGCAUAGGUGAUUUAAAAGGAAUUAUCAGUGAACUGGAACACUUUGUGGACGCCGGUGUUGACGCAAUAUGGAUGUCACCGAUCUUCGAAUCUCCGAUGGUGGAUUUUGGAUACGACAUUAGCAACUUUUACGAUAUUCACCAUGAAUAUGGAACUAUGGAAGACUUCGAAGAGUUACUUAAAAGAGCUCAUGUCUUAGGCAUUAAAGUAUUGCUGGACUUUGUUCCAAAUCAUGCAAGUACGGAAUCGGAGUACUUCAUCAAUUCAGAGAAAAGAGUCCCCGGAUACGAAGACUAUUUCGUAUGGGCUGACUCCCCUGGACCUGAUCCCAACAACGCCAGUAUUAUGCGACCACCAUCUAACUGGGUAAGUCAAUUUGGAGGAUCAACGUGGGAGUGGAGUAAUACUCGUCAGCAGUUCUACCUCCACCAGUUUGCGGUAGAACAGGCUGACUUCAAUUACAGAAAUCCCGCCGUUAGAAAUGAAAUGUUCAAAAUCAUGAAAUUCUGGCUCGACAAAGGAGCAGACGGAUUUAGAGUCGACGCCUUACCCUAUUUAAUAGAAGCUGAUCCUGCCGACCACAACGGCACGUACCCAGAUGACCCCCUCAGUGGAAUAAUUAAUUUCGAGCCACAUCAAUUGGGAUAUACAAUUCCGCUUUACACUAAAGAUUUGAUUGAAUUGUAUGAUAUCGUCUACGAAUGGAGAGAGUUUGUAGAUAGGUACCUCGAAGAUAACGGCGGUGACACACGGGUACUUUUCUCUGAAGGCUACGCAAAUGUGACAAUGACAAUGCUGUACUACGGCAACGAAGAUGGCGAGACCGGCGCUCACUUUCCCUUCAACUUCGAUUUCAUCACUGACCUAUCAGCCAAGUCCAACGCCAGAGACUUUGUUUACGUUAUUCUUAGAUGGCUAACGUACAUGCCACAUGGGGGUGUUCCCAACUGGGUGUUCGGCAACCAUGACAAUAACAGAAUGCCGACACGAUUCCGACACAAUAUGGUGGACGGCCUUAACGCCCUCAACAUGUUACUACCUGGGGUGGCUGUCACGUACCAAGGUGAAGAAAUCGGAAUGAGGGAUGGUCACGUAAGCUGGGAGGAUACGGUAGAUGUAGAAGCCUGCAACCGAGGCGACGAGGACACCUACCAGCUGUAUUCGAGAGAUCCAGCCAGAACACCGUACCACUGGAAUAAUAGUACGAACGCCGGUUUCUCAACAGGAGAGAAAACUUGGUUGCCAGUUGCCGAUGAUUUUAAAGAGAUAAAUCUUGCAAAACAGAAAGAAGACACCAGGAGUCACUAUAAGGUGUACCAAUCGCUGACGGCUCUCCGCAAAGAAAAGACUUUAGCGUACGGUGAAUACGACAUUAGAGCGUUAUCAGACCGGACGCUAUACCUCGUGAGGAGUCUGCGCUCUUACGACACGUUUGUUCUAUUGUUCAACGUUGGCAAAGUGUCUGACGUCAUUCCACUGGACAGGGUUGCACAUUUAAAACUACCUGCCACUGUGUAUAUUUCUAGUGUGCAUUCAACUAGAAUAGCGGGGGAUAUCAUAAAUCAAGAAGAGAUAACUCUGCAGGCAGGUGAAGCGCUUGUGCUACGAACUGAACCAGUUUAA